AGCAAAGAUACAACUAAUCACAAGCGAAUGGAGGAACAACAUAGGAGAAAAAAAUAAAGAAAACAUAUCAUAUUUAUUGUACCAUUCCACCAAUUUCAAAAGCUGGACGAGAGGAAAGAAGAAUGAUUCCUGAACUAAGCAGAGUUUUCAUCACCCUUCCGCCAAUUUCGAGAGGUGGACAGGAGAAGGGAAUAAUAACUAAACCACAGCUAACUUUGAUCCACCCUUCCACCAAUUUCAAGAGCUGGACGAGAAGAAAAGAGGAAUGAUAAGAAAACCACAGCAAAUUUUAUCUCACCCUUCCACCAGUACCAACAAAUAUACGAGGGAGAAGAAGAAAGAUAAACCAAAACAUGCCUAACAUCACCAUUUCACCAAUUUCGAGAGCUGUACGAAACUUUGGGCCAGAGGAGGAAACACAGAACUAAAAUCUUAAACACCCUGAGACACCCCCACCCGCCCAGAAGAACGCCAGCCUCCGUCAGUAGUGGAUCUAUCUUCUCCCAUUCAGUAGAUAAAUGGAACCGAAGGAGAGGGAGGGAGACGAGGAGGGAGAUGAGAGAAGCGAAGAUCUGGGAGAAAAGAGCAAGGAAGACGUCAGCACCACCACCACCAGCACCACCACCAGCACAGAACAGACAGAUGGCGUGGGCGUGGCGUGCGGGCGUGCGUGGUGGGGGUGCCUGCUGCUGCUCACCCUCCUGGCACUCACCACGCGCCAGAUGAGCCUGGAGCAGCCCCCUGGCACUCUGUGGGACGAGGUGCACUUCGGGACGUUCACCAAUCAUUACCUGAACCACACACUGUACCACGACGUCCACCCUCCGCUGGGGAAGAUCGCGGUGGCAGGGCUGGCGUGGCUGGCUGGCUACGAUGGUUCCUUUGAGUUCAAGGUUGGCACUGUGUAUCCUAAAAACGUCAACUUUGUGGCCAUGCGGUCUAUGAUGGCGGUAUUUGGCGCUAGUCUGGUGCCCCUCACUUUCCUCAUCGUGUGGGAAGUGUCCUCGUCUCUCCCUGCAGCCUCCCUCGCCGCUCUCUGCGUCCUCUGUGACACGUUCAUGCAUCGCCUCAACACACUGCUGCUGCUGGACCCGCUCCUGCUCUCCGCCCUCCUCGCUGCUGUUCUUGGCUCCUUCAAGUUCCACGCGCACAGACACAGGGCGUGGUCGCGGGCGUGGUGGGGGUGGAUGGCCUACACUGCCUUCUGCCUGGGCGUUGUGGUCAGCAUCAAGUACGUGGGCGUGUUCACGGUGGGCGUGGUGGGCGUGCAGACAGCCUACCAUCUCGUGAGCCUCGCCCUAGACCCGCGACGCCCGCUGUGGGUGGUGCUGCCUCACACCGCCGUCCGUGCCGUGGUCUUCGUCAGCGUGUCCUCAGUCGUCUAUCUGUCCGCUUUCCUCCUCCACUUCCUCCUGCUAACCAAAGCAAGCGUGAACGGCGGCGGGUUUUGUCACACGGAAUUCUACGCGUCCUUUGAGGGGAACGAGUAUGAGAACGUGACCUUCCCUGAGCACGUGCACUACGGGGCCAACAUCACCAUCCAGAACAGCAGGCCCUUGUGUGGCUACCUGGAGUCCUGGUAUGACCUCUUCCCGGCCUCCGUCACCGCCCCGUGCCAGCAGGUCACCUCAGCCACGGUGCGAGACGACGAGCUGCUUAUGUGGACCAUCAAGAAGGUGGACGUGGAGGCGGGGUCGGUGCUGGAUGGGAGUGGGGAGGGCGAGGCGGUGCUGGUGCGGAGCGGUGACCAUGUGAUGCUGACCCACGCCGCUACUGGCCGCUCGCUGCGCUCCCACGGCCACCGCGCCCCCGUCACCCGCCGCCAGCUGCAGGUGUGCGGCUACGGGGAUGACGGAGUGGGGGGGCCCUUCGAGACGUGGCAGCUGCUAGUGGUGGGGGCGCCCCUCGGCACGCCCCUCUCAGUGGUGCGCCAGAGCUUCCUGCUACGGCACUACAAGAUGGAGUGUUACCUGCGCGCUAAUGAGAUGGUGAAGCUACCUGAGGAGUGGGCCUUCAACGGUGCCAAGGAGGUGACGUGCACGAGAAAUAAGGACGACACGGGGCUACAGUGGCACGUGAACUGGAACAACAGCCCCAAGUUGGGUGCGGGGGUGCCGGCGCGCUCCCUGUCCGUGGGUCUGUGGGGGAAAAUAGUGCACCAACACUUCACUAUGUUCAUUGGCAACGCGGCGCUGGUGGACAUGAAGGGCGAGGAGAGGCACGCCCGCCCCUGGAUGUGGCCCGUGCUGUGGCAGGUGCAGACGCUGGGGAGUUAUGUCAUGAACGAGACCAGUGGGGAGGAACACUACGCUGUAGGAAUGACCAAUCCUUAUGUCACCUACCUCAACCUCAUCUGCCUCGCCGCCACGCCCAUGCUUGCCCUCGCCCACGCCUUCUACGGGAAGAGGCGCCCCCACCAGUCCCCCGUGGCUGUGGAGGACAGGCGUGAGGUGCUGGCGGCGUGCGGGUGGCUGGGGUUGUGCUGGGCCGGCCACUACCUCCCCUUCUUCUUCAUGAGCCGCGUCCUCUACUACCACCACUACUGCCCCUCCUACCUCUUCUCCUGCAUGAUUACUGGAGUCAUCAUAUCCUGGACGUGCAGAAGCCUAUCACGAAGAUGGCGAGUCAAAGGGCGUGAGACAGUGCACCUCUUGCUCCUGACGGCGUGUGGGGCGUCCGUGGUGGCCUCGUACGUGGCGUUCUUCCCCCUGGCCACAUACGUCAAGGGGGUUCAGUUCGAGAAAAACCCAAGACUGAACCCAUAUCUUGACUACCUCUACGCGGGUCAGCUGUGGCCUGAGUUUGGCUACCGAAUGGAGGAAUAUGUCAGCUUUUCAUCCACUACGAUCGGCUACUGGAACCACAGCAACUUCGCCAACACAGACCUGAACGCCACUCUGUACUUCGCCACACCACUUAACUUCACUGCCGAGGAGCGUCCUGCCAUCAGCCCAGUGCCCGCUUCCUCCUAUGCACUCUGGGCCUCUCGCGCCGCCCUCUGACCACUCUUAAACCCACAGUAAACCAGUAAACAUCCCAUUAAACCAGUAAACCAUCCAUUGAGCCUCCCAGUAAACCAUUAAACCAUCCAGUAUACUUCCAAUUAAACUAUUAGACCACCCAGUAAAGUAAAUCUCCUUGUAAAUCUCCUUGUAAACUCUCCCUGUACCCUCCCCACCAGUAAGCCCUUCCAAUUAACUAAGUCUCCCCUUAAGUCCUGCCAGUAAACUCCUUCCCAGUAAAGUAAAUCUUGUAAACUUCCUUGUAAACCUCCCAGUAAACGCCUGUAAACCUG